AUGGGGUGGUGGAGUGGGGCUACCUACCUACACACCUGUUCACACACUGACCUACACACCCCUCACCCCACACACCCCAAUGCACCAGAAACUCCGGCCUCGCCCGCACAUGAGUCAGCGGAUGGGUUGGGUGGGCUGGUGCACUUCAUGCAGGCGUCGCAUGGGGUGGUGGAGUGGGGCUACCUACCUACACGCUUGUUGGCUGCGCCACACCACUGGGCCGCAAAUGGGACAGAGACACUACACGAACUGUUGGGGAAGAUCGACCGGGAGAGUACGCUGAUUAAAAUGAAG